GUUCCUAAUUGUAUGACGUCAUUUGGCAUUGUAAUGUAAACAAACUUCGUUGUUUUCAGGGAUGAGAGUUCAAUACUAGGUGUGUUUAUUUUAAAACGUCAUACAUGAUGUUUAUUCGAGGCCUCUUCACCAUUCUGGGACUUCUCAUACUCUGUGUGAACUCCCAGUGGUCAACGUGGACGACACAGAACGUCGGUUUAUGUUCCUCCUCCUGUGUGCGAACUGUGACGUCGUCAAGGCAAUGUAGAAACAGCGCAGCUUCCGGCGGAACAACCAACUGUACCGGAAGUAACACCCGCACCAUCAUAGAGAACUGCAAGUGGGAAGCGUGUAGAGAUGCUAGGUUUGUUUCUUCGUCAUCAGACCCAGUGGAUGGCGGUUGGAGUGUUUGGACGACCACCGUUGAGGGGACGUGUAACGCCAGUUGCAGUAACAAACUGGGGACCGUCACCAUCACCAGGACACGAUUCUGUAAUAAUCCCGUACCUAAAAAUGGCGGCCGGAAGUGCGUCGGAAAUUCCACUGAAAUCACUACUGAGUCUUGUGAAGCGCCCGACUGCCCAGUGGAUGGUGGGUGGUCGCCGUGGACUGUCACCGUUGGUUUGUGUUUAUCGAACUGCUACCGGUUGGAGAACGGAACACGUAACUGCACCAACCCGCCGCCACAACGAGGCGGAGUCACGUGCUCCGGGGUGUCCCGAUACGUCAUGGACCGGAAGUGUACAGGCGGAAAUUGUCCGGAGAAUUCAUCCACCAUAUACGCACGUAUAUUUUCCGUAGGAAAUCUUGUCCAAAUCGGCGGUCCGGUCUUCAUCACACUGGUGGUAGCGGGGAGUAUCCUCAGCCUCGUCUUCACAGCACUGUGCAUGAUCUUCAUCAACCACAAGCACGAACUACGUCACAUUAGGAGGAUGGAGAAAAUGAGGGAGAGAAAACGUAGAAUCAGAUUCGGAAGCCCUGAAUUAAUUCCACUGCAGCACCAAGGCAACGAGUGGCAAUUCACUGACCAAUAGAGUACGGAUAACUGGAUGGCCGCAGUUUCGUAGCCGAAGUUGAACUUUAGAUUUAAUUGCCGCUCUUUCGAAUUCGUAGAUGAACAGUUUCUAUGCCAUAUUGGAUAGUCGCAGUUUCGUACGUGAACAUUUUCUAUACCAGAUUGGAUGCCCGCAGUUUCGUACGUGAACAUUUUCUAUGCCAGAUUGGAUACCCGCAGUUUCGUACAUGAACAUUUUCUAUGCCAGAUUGGAUGGUCGCAGUUUCUUAACUGAAAUAUUCAUCCAAGCUAGAUUGGAUGGCUGGAAUUUCGUAGCUGAAUUUUUUUUUUUUUUACGCUAGAUUGGAUGGCCAAUUUCGUAGUUGAAUACUGUCUACACUAGAUUUGAUAGCCGCAAUUUCGUAGUUGAAAUUUCGGCACACCAUAUUUGAUGUCCUCAGUUUCGUAUCUGAUUAUUCUCUACCCAGAUUGGAUAAUCUCAGUUUCGUAGCUGAAAUUUGGGUACGCUAGACCGAAGUUAGCGUGUGUGUAAUUUUCCAAAAUUAAUCUGUGUUUUGAAAGCGUGCAGCUCUCCAGUUAUGGGUCAUACUAGCGGUAGUAAACGAUGCAUCUAAA